AUGUCGGCAGUCUCAUCUGUCGCUACCCGUCGGCUCGUGCCUGAAAAUAAAUUAUCACCGGCAGUCGAAUUAUCCAACUCUAAAUCAUUCUUCCAUCGACUACCCAAACGAGCGUUUUUUAUUCUUGUCGGAAUUCUAAUCGUUAUUGCCAUCGGGUUGGGGGUGGGGUUGGGUGUUGGACUCAGCAAUGAAUCGAACAGCGAAUCGCCUGGCAGUCCUCCCCCAACGGUCCCGCCAAACAACACCACCAACCAGGGAACAUUCUGGACGCCAACGGCAGGCACGUCCUGGGAUAUUGUGUUGCUAAAUCCAAUACGCUCCUGGUCACGCAAUAUCAGCAUCUACGAUAUUGAUCUGUUUGACAACAACGCAUCAGCCAUAGCAGACUUGCAUGCCCAGGACCACAAAGUCAUCUGUUAUUUUUCAGCUGGGAGUUACGAGGAAUGGCGGUCCGACGCGGGUGACUUCAGCAAGAAGGACUAUGCCAACGCUCUUGAGGGCUGGAAAGGAGAAUACUGGCUCGAUACCAACUCGAACAACGUUCGCAACAUCAUGAGAAAGCGCAUUGCGCUUGCCGCCAGCAAAGGGUGUGACGGAGUCGACCCUGAUAACGUGGAUGGGUACGAUAAUAACAGUGGCUUUCACUUAGAUCGUUCCAGCGCCGUGGAUUACCUGACCUUCUUGGCGUCAGAGUCGCAUAGUCACAACAUGUCUAUUGGUCUGAAGAACUCAGGCUCAAUAGUUAAUGCAACGAUCGACAUGAUGCAGUGGGCGGUCAACGAGCAAUGUGUAGAGUUUGAGGAGUGUGGUGUCUUCCAGCCUUUCAUCGCUGCUGGAAAGCCAGUCUUUCACAUAGAAUAUCCAAAGUCAGCCCCAAGUGUUGCACCAGAAAUCCGCAGUCAGAUCUGCAGUGGCACAUCAACGUCGGGCUUUUCAACGCUCAUCAAAGAGAUGGAUUUAGGGGAGUGGGUUGAACAUUGUUAG